AGCCAGCGACGACCACCCUACCUAUCAAGCACGUAAUAGCACGCAAUCCUACAGGAUUCUGUUCAUUCGAGAGUCAUAAUCAGGUAGCUUAUCUCUCUACGGCAGCGAUGGCGUCCCGAUACGUCGAUACACUCCCAACCCCGGCUCACGUCGAACUAAAGAAGCUGAUAGUGCUGAGCGCACCUAGAACCGGGACGCACGGGCUUUACCUAGCCCUCAAGAAGCUAGGCUUCAAGCCUUACCACAUGGUUGAAGUCAUGAGGACCGGGCCGUCAGCCGUGCGGAUUUUGAACGAGGGACUCGACGCCGAAAUAUUCCACCGGAGCAAGCCAUACGGUCGGGCGGAGUUCGACAAAUGGUUCGCCAACUACGAUAUCAUCAUCGAGAUGCCCUUCUUCAUGAUCCACUCGGUGGUGCAGGCGUACCCGGACGCCAAGUUCCUGCUGACGGAGCGGGACCCCGACAAGUGGGCCAAGUCCUUCGUCAACACCAUCGGCCAGAUCACCGUGCAGUCGGGGAGGUUCCCCAUGGCCGUGUUCAAGCACUUCGACGGCUUCGCCUCCGGCAUGUCCGCCAUAGGGAGCAAGAUCUUGGGCUAUUACACCAACGGCUACGGGUCCUCGCCCGAGGGCCAGCGCUUCCUCGCCGAGAACUACAAGAAGUACAUCGCCGAAGUGAAGCGGAUCGUCCCGCCGGAGCAGCUCAAGGUGUGCAAGCUCGAGGACGGGUUCGGGUGGGAGCAGGUGUGCCCGUACCUGGGCGUGCCGGUCCCGGACUUCGACUGGCCCUCGCGCAAUGCGCCCGAGGAAUUCUUCGAGAUCACGGGCCCUAAGAUGAAGGUGGCCUUCCUCAAGGGGCUGAUCGGCACUACGUCCAUCCUAGCGCCGCUCGUCGCCGCCGGCAUCUGGUACCUGCGCCAGGGCAGGCCGUCCGUGUGAAUUCGCGGCGGCGCUGGUGAGGGAUGGGUCGAGCGCAGUAGUAGAAUAGGCGCAGGAGAGCCGGCCCAUCCCCC